GUCUUUCCCAUUUUUAAGAAAGGUGGGUAUCACUGUACCUGCUUUCUGGAGAGGCAGCAGGCCCAGAGAGAUUUGGGGAUUCACCCAAAGUUCACAGCCAGCAAGGAGCAGAGAGGCUCAGCCCAGCAAACAACUAGCCCUGCACACUGCCUUGGAAGCAGACAUGGUGACAAGGUAUGUGAGACCCACUCGGCCCGGCUGAGAGGCAGGGAAGCUGAAAUGAAAAGUGGACCCAGGGGCCUGCCUCCUGCCCUUCACAGCUCCACAAUAAAGUGCCCAUGCUGGGAGCAAGUCUACUAGAAGCCAUUUUUACAUUUCAGAAGUAGUUUCUCAGACAAGACACAGACAGGCUCGCUGUCCAAGGGCACUUAAGUAAUAAGGGAAGACUUGAACCAGGGCCGUCUGGCUCUGUGGUCAGGGUCCCAAGGUGGGUGAUAAUCAGCCCAGGGUCACAUAGCCACAGCGCCAGAGCCUGGAGAUACUGGCUCCCUCCACCCCAAGAAAGCAGUGACACCUGACUCCUGAGCCAGCUGGGGGUGGAGCAGAGGUGGAGCCCGGGAGACCAGGUGGCUCUCUGAGAGUCACAGCAUAGGAGGCAGAGUGGCCUGGAGCAGCAUGAAGCAGAGUUGGGGACCGGGGCUGCUCAUGCUGGGAGCACUGGUCCUCCUAGAGGGUCUUCAAGCAGCUCAGCGUGCUUGUGGGCAGCGAGGACCUGGCCCUCCUGAGCCUCAGGACGGCAGGACAGAACCCAGCGAAUGGCCCUGGCAAGUCAGCUUGCGGAGGCAUGGACUCCACAUCUGCAGCGGCUCCCUGGUAGCAGACACCUGGGUCCUCACUGCCGCCCACUGCUUUGAAAAGGCGGCCUCGACAGAACUGAGUACCUGGUCUGUUGUCCUGGGUUCCCUGCAGCGUGAAGGGCUGAGUCCAGGGGCCGAGCAGGUGGGGGUAGCUGCCCUGCAGUUGCCCAGGGCCUUUAACCACUACAGCCAGGGCUCCGACCUGGCCCUGUUGCGGCUUGCCCACCCCACAACCCGUACACCUCUCUGCCUGCCCCACCCUGCCCAUCGCUUCCCCUUCGGAGCCUCUUGCUGGGCCACUGGUUGGGACCAAGACAACGGUGAUGCUCCCAGGACCCUCCGGAACCUGCGCCUGCGUCUCAUCAGCCGCCCCACGUGUAACUGUCUGUACAAUCGGCUGCACCAGCGGCUGCUGUCCAGCCCGGCCCGGCCCGGGAUGCUGUGUGGGGGUGCCCAGCCUGGGGUGCAGGGACCCUGCCAGGGAGACUCCGGAGGCCCUGUGCUGUGCCAGGAGCCCAGCGGGCACUGGGUCCAGGCUGGGGUCAUCAGCUUCGCCUCAAGGUGUGCCCAGGAAGACGCUCCUGUACUGCUGACCGACACAGCGGCCCACAGCUCCUGGCUGCAGGCUCGAGCUCGGGGAGCAGCCUUUCUGGCCCAGAAGCCAGGGACCCUGGAGACCAGUGAUGAGGACAGCUGUGUAGCCUGUGGAUCCCUGAGGAGAGAGGGUCCCCAGGCAGGAGCUCCCUCUCCGGGGCCCUGGGAUGCCAGGCUGAAGCACCAGGGGAAGCUGGCCUGCGCUGGAGCCUUGGUAUCCGAGGAGGUGGUGCUGACAGCUGCCCACUGCUUCAUCGGGCGCCAGACCCUGGAAGAAUGGAGCGUAGGGCUGGGGGCUGGACCAGAGGAGCGGGGCCUGAAGCAUCUCUUCCUACACGGGGCCUACACACACCCAGAAGGGGGCUAUGAUGUGGCCCUCUUGUUGCUGGCCCAGCCGGUGACCCUGGGCCCCAGCCUGCGACCACUUUGCCUGCCGUAUACUGACCAGCACCUGCCUGAUGGGGAGCGUGGCUGGGUCCUGGGGUUGGUCCAAGAAGCAGGCGUCAGCUUCCUGCAGACAGUGCCUGUGACCCUCCUGGGGUCUGGGGCCUGCAGCCGGCUGCACACAGCCCCUGGGGGUGACAGCACUCCCAUUCUGCCAGAGAUGGUGUGUGCCAGUGUUGUGGGUGAGCUGCCCCACUGUGAGGGCCUCUCAGGGGCACCGCUGCUGCGUGAGGUGAGAGGCACGUGGUUCCUGGCUGGGCUACACAGCUUUGGAGAUGCCUGCCAAGGCCCUGUGAGGCCUGCUGUCUUCACAGCGCUGCCUGCCUAUGAAGACUGGGUCAGCAGUUUAGACUGGCAGGUCUACUUUGCCGAGGAGCCAGAGCCCGAGGAACAGGCGCUGGGGCCUGAGGUGGAGGCUGGGAGCUGCCCAGCCAACUCACGCCGAUCAGCCAGCUGUUGACAGGUGACUGGGCCUUUCACAGGACGUGGGAAAAGUGAGAUGACUCCCAUGACAACGUGCCUGCUUCUCCCUGUGCCCCAAGUGUGUUCUAGGCCCUGGGGCAGGCCCGGCAGAGGCCCCUACUCCCUGGCCUGCAGGACAGGGAUGUCGUCUGCAGAUGCUCCCACAGCUCUGGUCUCCAGUGCACGUGUUCCUGCCAUCUCUACCCUUUCAUUCCUCAGACACAAUCACAUCAGCCACCUGCUUUGAAAAUUUCUUUUUUGGGGGGAGCAAUUUUUCUUUUUUAAAACUUAAAUAAAUUGUUACAAAAUA